GCUCCCUCUGUCCUGUUUAUAUCCACACAUCUUUGUUUGCCAUGACACCAGUAGCUGCAUUCAGUUCUGCGUAUCAUAAAAAAUUCCCUCCGGCAAAAGUUUUCAUCUGACUUAGCUAAAAGACUCCGGGAGGUUGUUGUCAUAGUAACGGCCUCGUACACAACGCUCCCUGUGUAAGUGUAGUUAAGUGCGGGUUGCUACACUUGCACAUAGACUGUUUCUGUGUAUAUAUGUAUGUGUUUGAAAGCUCUAUUCAUUCACUCCGUUUCGCCUUCAAGAACCUGAGGUGAAGGCAGCGGAAAGCAGGUUAAGUGCCGUAUUUGCACUGUCUCUUUUCUGGCCGAAAGGGGGAAUGUAGGUCUGGCCCCUCCCGGGAGAUAGCGCCGGGUCUUCCCCUGAAAGGGCGAGACGCGGAGGUGCAAACCCGAGCUGGGGAGGGCGUUCCACCAAGAUGGAGGGCGGGGCUGAAAUCAGGUGAAAAGAGUGUGGGAAAACGGAGAGAUAGGGUAACAGGGAACAAGUGCGGCUACAUGGUGCCUGGGAGGGAGACCCUAGCGGACAGCAAGACGAGACGCGGAAAGACCAAUAAUGGGCCAAUUCAAGUACAAAUUUCUACCCUUGCCAGAUGAAAUGUUUGCCUGCUUCAAUUCCCAGUUGAAAAUUUGCCCUUUGCCCCAUGUUUGCCAGUUAAAGGUUCCUCUCACGGAGAAUAAAGCAUGCCUUUUUCGUUCGUGUUUGCCCGGAAUCGAUCUGCACCGUAGCACAGCAUUAAAAAAAAACUGCCGUUUUUGCUAAUGAGGGAGAAAAUUGCGGAUUCGUCCCUCGCUGUCCCACACUGUUUUGCGGCAUACAGCCAGACCCUCACAGAGAUGACCUCAGCCGCACCCCCCAACUCCCAGAGCACCUCCCCCCAGAAGGUGUGCCAUUCUCAGACGACCCAGACAGACGUGCUGAAGCCUCUACUCACAGGGGGCAUCGUCGGAGGACAGGGGGCGCUGCGGAGGCGCCGGCGCGUGCUUUCCAAGGAUGGCCGGAGCAACGUGCGCAUCGACCACGUCAGCGGGCGUGGGGCGCUCUACCUGCGCGACCUCUGGACCACCUUCUUGGACAUGCAGUGGCGCUACAAGUUCUUCCUGUUCUCCGCCACCUUUGCCGGGACCUGGUUCCUGUUUGGGGUGCUGUGGUACCUGGUGGCCCUCGUCCACGGAGACCUGCUGGAGUUUGACCCCCCGUCGAAUCACACCCCGUGCGUGAUGCAGAUGCAGACCCUCACGGGGGCCUUCCUCUUCUCCCUGGAGUCCCAGACCACUAUCGGCUACGGCUUCCGGUGCAUCACUGAAGAGUGCCCGGUCGCCAUCAUCCUCCUCAUCCUCCAGCUCGUCAUCACCAUGGUGAUGGAGAUCUUCAUCACUGGCACCUUCCUCGCCAAGGUGGCACGGCCUAAGAAGCGAGGGGAGACAGUGAAGUUCAGCCAGCAUGCGGUGGUGUCCAACCAUGAGGGCCGACCCUGCCUCAUGAUCCGAGUGGCCAACAUGCGCAAGAGCCUGCUUCUGGGAUGCCAGGUGACUGGGAAGCUUCUGCAGACCUCUUUGACCAAGGAGGGCGAGACGGUACGCCUGGACCAGAGGAACGUCCCCUUCCAGGUGGACACCUCCAGUGACAGCCCCUUCCUCAUCCUGCCCCUCACCUUCUACCACGUGAUUGAUGAGAGCAGCCCCUUGCGACCCUGGGCCGCCAAGGGUGGGGGGUGGACGGACCCCGAGCUGGCCGACUUCGAGCUGCUGGUGAUCCUGAGUGCGACGGUGGAGCCCACGUCGGCCACCUGCCAGGUGCGCACCUCCUACCUGCCCGACGAGAUCCUGUGGGGAUACGAGUUCCCGCCCGUGGUCUCCCUCUCGCCCUCCGGGAAGUAUGUGGCCGACUUCUCCUUCUUCGACAAGGUGGCCAAGACCAAGACCCAGCCUCUGUUCAAGCAGAUCCCCGCCCAGAGCUCGCCCCCACAUGGACAGCCGGGGGGCGGAGUCAUUGAAGCGGCGGACCCAGAAAAGAUGCGCCUAGAACAGAGCUACAGGGAGAGGGGGGACGAGCGAGUGAGGCCUAGAGACAGCAGUCCACAUAGCGUCCGUAUUAGCAACGUGUAGCGUGGUGACAGGCAGCUUGUACAAGCACGACUGGAGUAAACACUCCCGCUUCAUGCUCAUGCUUGUCUGACUGACUGAUGAGGCUUUUUUUUAAAUGAUAGCUCUGGUCUCCCUUGUGUUUUUAUCGUGUUAUCUUACCUAAACUUUGUUGGAAAUGGAGAAGAAACUGUACCAUUGAGUGUUUCAUUGGUGUUUUUUUUCUCCAAAUAAUGAUUUAAUGAGUGAGAGAAGGUCAUUUGUGUAUCCCGAAGGGGCUGUAGAAUGAUUUCUGAGCUGUUUGGGAAUAUUGUGGCCCUGCGGGACUCCUUUACCCCGGAGUGCCCAGCAGGGGUCACUGUUUCUCGACUCGCCGUUUUCAGCUUCUCACAGCAUCUGCAGGGCUACGCGUGGACCAGCAUCUCCUGAUCUUUCUUAAACCCUGAAGCUUAACUCCCUGACAGCACUAAAUGAACCAUAGACUGAAACAGUUCAACAUUUCCACCAUAUUCCGGGCUUAAGGCCUCAUUUUGAAAUCUGUCAAACCUUGACGCACUGGUGUGCCUCCAGGACUAGAGACAGGAAGGUGCCCAGAAAAGCACAUUGUACACUUUAAUAAAAGUUGUCCUAGUGGCACAAAUGUAAUGAACUUCACCACAGGACAAUGAAAGAAUGCUAAAUUCUCUUUUAGAUGCCAAGGUCAUGCUGUGUGCAUGUGCGUGUGUGUGAGCGUGUGUGUGUGUGUGUGGUAUUAGCAGAUAAAGUACAGAAAACCACAAAGCACAUGGUAGCAGCACACAGAAGAUGUUUCAUAAGAAUAAUCAGUAGAUGGUAUUCAAAACGAAGUGCCAGAGAACAAAAGGGAUCUCUUAAAAAUGAGACAUUUCUUUAUCGGUGCUUAUGAGAAUGCAUUUUUAUACAAAGUUACAUAUUUACAUUUUUCUAUCUAUUGUACUAACAGCAGUAGUACACUGAUUGGAACUUAGUUACUUGAGAAAAUGUGUAUGACACUCCUAAAGCACUGGAAUGUAAAAAGUUUGUGUUUGUAUGUCGGCUUGCGUGCACGUAAGUGCACAUGAUUAAGUGAUUGUAUUUUAACAAUACUAAAAGCACUUUAAUAUGGAGAAAAAGUUCUAACGUCACCAGCUGCCUUCACUCUCCUACGUACCUACUUUCAUUUCGUGUUCCCGGCUUGUGUUUGUCCGAGUCAGUACAUUUCUGUAUAAAGUCUGCUACAUUAG